UUCAUUGUGCCGCGGCGCACAUUUUGUGAGUCGCCGCGUGGACGCUAGGCUGAGUGGGGGCGGCCAAACCGGUGUCAGUUCGCAAACAGCCGAGGCCGUGCAAGAUUGUGUUUCCGAACGCAACACGACGUACGGGCGGUUACCGAACGUGAAAGAAAUGUCAGUUUACCCCGAUAUUUUUCGGCGGCUUACAUAAAUCCUUCGAUUUUUCGAACUAUUGUGAUUUCGUAAUUAUAAAAGGACAUUGAAAUUGUGAAUUUUAAUUGAUUAAUAUAUAAUGCUGUGGUGUGCAGCGUGUGAUUUACGAUUUUAUUACAAAGUUAUCGAUGUUAAUGUGUUUUAGUAACCCAGUUGCGUACACCAUAACAAAAUAAGUUUAUAUCGAAAUUCAGAGAAGUCUGAACUGUUUUCGUGUUAGAAAAUGUCCGGUGACUCGCUUUCCUAGCAAAUUAAAGUUGGUGUAACGAAUCGUUGACUGCUGUGACCUUAUUCGAGUGGAUUACGUUUAUCGAAUAUUAGUUAUGACCUUCUAAAUGAAGGAGUCGUAUCCUGAUGAAAUUAUGCUCUGUUUCGUCCAAGGAUUUGGUGAGAGUGAGCGUGGGUUUAACAAGAACCGUGAGUUUGACGGCAAUGUGUCAGAGGCUGCUCUGAAGUACAAGAAGCAAGGUAAACGAGUGUCUCUGCAGUUGGAGGAAGGGGAGAUUGACGAUCCUGUUGAGUUAAGGUCGAAGAAGUCGCAGGGACUUGUGACUGGCAAGUCAUUGAGGCUGUCAUCAGGUACGCGCCUCCCGGAGGUUAAAAGAAGCUUGAGUGACCGCUUCUCAGUCAUCACCGAUGCAGGAGGGAAGAGGCCAGCGAAAGGUCUCUUGACCAUACGGAAGACUUGGUCAACCGGCAAUUUCGCGGCCGGCGCGGCGGGUGGCGGGUGCGGGGCUCCGCGCUCCGCCCCCGCCACCCCGCUGCAGCUCGAACCUCACCCCCGCUCCACCAAGCAUGAUAAACAGGCCAUAAAGCCGCUAUCAGGGUCGGCGCCGUCGGUGCGGGCUGCGACGCUGAACUCGGCAGGCACGGGCGACACGACCGAAGGCAAGCAGCCCAGCAAGUCGCGACAGAAGAAGUUCCAAAGGCAUUUCCCGCAGGUCGGGCCUGAAGAGAAGGUGCUCAAUUAUUACUCAUGUGCCCUGGUGGGUGAUCUGCUGCUUCAAGGUCACCUGUAUAUCACGAAGAACUACUUCGCUUUCUACUCGAAUGUGUUCGGCUAUGUGACCAAGCUACUAAUCCCAAUAAUAUCAGUCCUCCGGAUAACCAAAGAGAAGGUGGCUCGUAUCAUCCCCAACGCUGUCGGCGUGUGCACUCGCGAUGAGCGACACGUGUUCGGCUCGCUGCUGUCGCGAGACUCCACAUACAAGCUCAUGAUGCACGUCUGGAAGGCCGCUAGAGCACCAGAGUUGGCGACUCCUAAACCUCAGGAUCUCCGAGCAUCAGAAGUGGAGCUGGAAGUGUCGGAGUACUCUCCGGAAGACGACAGCAGUUCGGCGGGAGGCGACCAACAUGACGCGCCCUCGCCGCCGGUCCGACGAGAGUCCGAAGCCAUCAUAGCUGCAGCAGGAGGUGCAGCAGUGAUCCAGCCGGCGCUGCUGACGGGCAGCGGCACGUCGCGGCGCGCGGCGGGGCGCUGGUGGCGGCCGCUGCUGGCGCUGCUGGCCGCGCUGCUCGCCUGCAGCGCCGCGCUGCUCGCCUACCGGCUCUACCUCGCCACGUACCACACACCGGAGGACCUAGUAAAGUUAUCAGGCGAGGAGUUAUAUUCGGAGCUAGUGAGAUGGCGGGCGCGGUUACACGGCCGGGCCGCCAACGAGUUGCAUGCAUUCCUCACUACUAACCUACUGUUGCUUACCAAGGUAAUUUGUUCAGUACGACAAUCCCUAGAAGCGUUAUCAGGCGUGAUACUAACCGACAUGGCGCAGUCCGGAGCUGCCGAGCUCAACAUCGACGUGCCCAACGAGACCGUCUUCAGUUAGCAACACUAUUCAAUAGAACAGCUGGUAAUGUACCAUGUAGACGGUGUUGCCAUGAUAUAUGGGCCUGGGAUUGCCAGCGUGUAAAGGGAUUUUUUUUGCGCAAACACGGCCUGGGAUUGCCAGCGUUUUAAGGGCUUUUUUUGCGCAAACACUUGUUAUUUUUGCGCAAAUGGGGGUUAUUUUUGCGCAAACACAAAGCACGUAAAUGGAGGUGGACUGCUUUUUUUUGAAAUUAUGAAUUAAACUUGCAGAUUCAAUUUAUUAUCUAUGUGAAAAUUAAUCAACACUGGUAAAGUGGUAUCCAAAGUUAGAUCUAACAGAUAAGCAAAAUGUCUUUAUUUCAAUGAAAAGUUGGUUUUAUCUUCACUUUUGCGUGCUUCAAAAGGCAAUCCUUGGUUCACAGAACACCUCGGUUAUUAAGAAGUAUUAUUGUCACCACGCUUGCUAAGAUUAUGUGGAUAUCUCCGAGGAAAUAUUAUUGUAUUUAGUUGACAGCCACUGUCACAAAUAUCCGACAAGGAAACGCUUUUCCAUGUCUCAGUGAGACGGAAGUGAUACUAGUUAUUAUUUAUUUAUGCUAUUUUUCAGUUGUAUAAUGGUUGGGUGGAAUAUCCAAAGUUUGGUCUCAACUAACGGUGAAGAAAGAUAGGUUUUAUUACACGUAAUAUAUGAAUUUUAUUAAUAAAUUAUCGACACUUUAUGGUGUAGGGUGUCCAAAAUAUUAAAUAGUUAGCGAGGGAUUAAAAUGACCAGCUCGCUCUAACUUAAUUUUAAUAAAAGUAAAGUCUUUCUGAUUCACAACAACUUGUAAGUGUUCUGCACUUUUAACAAUAAUUAAAUGUUUUAAAGUUCUGACCUCAAAUGACAGAUUCAAUUCUGUUCCUUGCAUUUGUUUAAAUAAUUGAUGUUGUUUAUGCAUUCAUUUUAAAAAUAUUAGAGAUUUUAAAUUUAUUUUUGUUUCAAUAAAUGUUGACAUUUAUAUUGAAAAAUCAUUAAUCAUGAUACCAAAUAAUCGUGUCUUCACAAGUAUUAACAUAAAAAAAAUAUUUUAGAUGUUUUAUUCGGUGACAUUCUAUGAUAUCAAGUGUCAGACAGUCAUAGCAUCUAUUCUAAUGAUUCAGGUUCAAUUUUCCCUAUACUGCCGAUAUCGCUACAGUUUUAUAGGAGUCAAGAAGACAUGCUUCUUAUUCCGAUAAAAUGAAGUUUAGAAAGAUUUAUGAGAAGCUAAAGUUCAUUUAGUAAAAUACCUUCUAAAUUCGUCUCCGAUAAAUAUUAAAUCGGAGCCAAUAAAUGUUCUAUCGGAACCGAUAUAUAGCAAGCGAUAACGGCAAUAUAGUAAGAGUUAACUUUUAACAUUUCAAUCGUAUAUCGUUAUGUGAUUUGUAAAUAAGCGGCAAGAAGCCGUAAUGUCUAUGAGGCAUUGCUACGUCAUAUUAAUUUGUGUCAAACACAAACGUGUAGAGUAAGAUGCGUGUGUCGAGAUGAAUGAACGAUCGACUUGAUGAUAAUACACAAAUAAUAAGUACACCUACAACAUGUGUGGGAUAUUGUUUGUUCACAGGCUCGUCUGUGAUUGAAACGGCAUUUAAAUUAUCUCAUUUCACUCGCGAUAUUUUAUUUACCGCACAAUUUUCUCUUUGCCUUCUGUGCAAGUUUCGCAUUCCUUCUAACGUCCUACGUCUGCGGUAUAACGUACCUGUGUGUAUUGUUUAAACAUUGUAAUGUGAAAUAGUAUCGCGUUCCUUCGUCUCGGCUUAUUGAUAGAUAUUUUCAUAAUCACAAUUCUAUAACUUCGGCAAUCUUUCAUAUAUUUGUGUAAAACGUUAAAUUGUUAAGCUUAGUCUUGGUGGAGAAACGAAUAAAUAAUCUUAGUCAAUGUUGCUGUAAUAUUAUUCUUGUAUUAUUGCGUAUUUUAUAAUAAGUGGAUUGGCGUCAUAGUUGUGUCUGGCAGUUUUCUCCGAAUAUGAAAAUACGUUUGUAAUUUCUAUGUAGAAGACGUGUUGAAUACGAUAUUACAACGGAUAUGAAUCGUAGAGUGGUUUCACUGGAGAGUAUACAAUUGUGAAUGUGAUAGUGUCAGAAGGCAGGUGCUAGUAUUUAGAUAAGAGUUAUUAUAAAACCAACAUUCCUCGUUUGAGAAAGUAUCCACAAGGUGUCGGGAGUGGAGAGCGUCCAGUCGGGCCCAACGUUCGCUUCAACAGAUCGUUUGCCAAAUAGCUUCGUAAUGUUUCUUGCCAAUAUAUAAUGACAUUGAUAACUCAGUAGACGCAACUAUGUUUGUGCACCUAAUAUUUCUGUAUCGAUUACAAACAAGCUAAACAUUAUUUCCUUAAAUUACACAGCUAAAGCUAACAAAAAUACGCAAACUGCUAUUUUGACAAUAAUGAACAUUAGAUUAAACAAUCUUUUGAAAUAUUCAUACAGUUUUAUAAAAAUUUAUCGAUGCAAGAAGUAUUAGGUUUUAAAGUUAGUUUGGUUUAAAAAUAAUAUCUAGUAAUGCUAAAGUUUUGAAACAUAGAAAAUCUAGUUCUGAGUGAUGCAGGCGUAAGACGAUCAGUUUUGGACGGUUUUUUAAAAUAGUGUUGUUUAUAGAAGUAACUAUGUACUUUGUAAAGUUUAUGUAAUUAAUAAUUUAUUAUUCUAGUCUUUGGUCAAGCUCAAGGAUUUGUUAUUCGGUUCUAUUGGGGUUAGUAUGUACUUAGAAUGAUUUUAAAACUAAUGUAAGUGUGGAAUUAUGUUACGGGCACUCGUAAAGUAUGUGCAAUCAAAAAUAUUAUGUAAAGAAUAUUAUGUUUUAACACAUUUCUUAUUUAUUGUAGAUCCAAUUACAGUUUGUUAUUUUAUAUCGGAGAGGUUUUUGUUAGAUAAUGAUAUAUUUUAGCACAUUGCAACACUAUAUUUAGACGAUGCUAGCUAAUUAUUUCCCUCGAACAAUUCACUCGAUGUAUUAUGUACAAAUAUGUUCGUUGUAUCACGUAGGUUAAUUGGCUGUUGUUAAUACUUUAUGUGAUAAGGGCCUAAUGUUGUUGUGCUAGGUUACCAUCUGUGCCAAAGUGCUCCAUCACUGUUUGUAUUCCAAAUGACAGAUUAGGCCUUUAUAUGUAUCCUUAUAUAGACGUACCGACUUAUGCUUGUUCACUGAGCAAUCAUCGAGCGAAGUAAGCUUGUUGCAAGUCUAACGCUUGCUGUAAGUCGUGGUGUAUUGCUCAGUCAUCGGUGGAACAACACUUAUCCUCGCUCCAUGAUUUAUAUUUCAUGUUAUUUAAGGCUGUUUACGCUGUCCUAUACGAGUCAUUAUCGGAAAUAAUUAAUAUUGCCAAAGACAAAAACACUAGAUUAAAUGAAAUAUCAAAAGUAGAGAUAGUGAGGUUUGUACAUUAAUUAGUUUUAGGUAGGUCGUGCUGUUAAUUUUGAAUUAUUAUCAUGUAAAUAUAAUGAUUUUACGUAAUUUUAGUAUUUUAUUGAAUUAUUAUUUUCUGGUGCAAUACGAGGAACCAGUGAGAUGACAGAGUUUAUGUUAAUCAAAAUUGUGUUGACGAACAAGCAUAUUAUUGUAUUUUUAUUUUUUAUGAAGUUUUAUUGCAAAAUUAUCAUUGAACGACAAGAAGCAACACCUUUAAAAUGCACUUUAUGUGGAAUAUCUAUGCUUGGACCAAUAUAGGCAUCAGCUUUGUAACAAGUGUUAUAGCCCAGAAUAAUGAUAUGAACCUACUAAAGUUUGUGUAUGAAACGUAAAAUAGCGUAAUUGUAUCAAUGGGUGAUAGAACUGAUUUAUGAUUAUUAGUGAUUUUAAGUUGUACCACUUAGGAAUUGUUAUGGACGCGUAUGUUGUAUGAUUUCAAAGUUUGUUUUGUAUAUUUUUGUUUGAAGUUGUGAUUCGUUUGUUGAUUUUGUAAAUAAUAGAUAGAUGAGUUAAUUGAACAUGA